UAGACUGCUACCAGCACCCCCGAGCUGCGGCGCUUUCCCUGUUCGGUGUGGUGACAGUUGAUCGUUAUGAGUAAACUUUCAAACUUCUUUCGAGGCGGCUCGAGCUCCUCGAGGUCGUCCCGUUCCAGAAAGCCGGGCCCAAGCCCGCAGGAGGCCUUGAUGCGUCUGCGGGAGACGGAGGAGAUGUUGACCAAGAAGCAGGAGUACCUGGAGAACAGGAUUGGAAAAGAACUGGAGAUCGCCCGGAAAAACGGCACCAAGAACAAGCGAGUUUCGCUACAGGCAUUGAAAAGGAAGAAGAGGUUGGAAAAGCAAUUAGCACAAAUUGAUGGAACCCUUUCUACAAUUGAAUUCCAGAGAGAAGCAUUGGAAAAUGCAAAUACAAAUACUGAAGUAUUGAAAUCUAUGGGCUAUGCUGCAAAGGCCAUGAAAACUGCUCAUGAGCACAUAGAUUUGGAUAAAAUCGAUGAGAUGAUGCAAAAUAUUACAGAACAGCAGGAAAUAGCGCAAGAAAUCUCUGAUGCAAUAUCCCGACCAGCUGCAUUUGGUUCAGAAUUUGAUGAGGAUGAAUUGCUAGCCGAAUUAGAGGAGUUGGAACAGGAAGAAUUAAAUAAGAGAAUGAUUAAAGGACUGCCAAAAGUUCCAACCACCAAUCUUCCAUCCAGACAAGCUAAACCUAAAAUGAAAACACCCGCUGAAGAUGCAAGUAAAAAGCAUUUGACACCUGGGCAUCAUAAAAUGGGACAGAAGAACCAGUUAUACAAAGCAACAUGAAGAUGACUUUGUAGUUCCGGGUGUGAUGGUACAGGGUAUUGAAACACAGUAUAUAUAGUGAAGAGAGUAUCUGAGGUGUGGUAAGCUCUCAAUAUUCACAUAAAAUUCCUGUCAAGAGUCAAUAAAUUAUCUAUGUUUUGUGCAUUACCAUACAUUUAGUCUGACUUGAAGCACAUGGUGAUUGUUAAUUCCAAAUUUUUGUAUGUACACUCAAUAUAAAAUUAGAGAUUUACAGCUACUGAGUUAUUUUGUCCAGUCUUUAACUAUAGAAUAUUUUGAGGAAAGAGCUGAUGAAAACCUGAAAUUUGAUGAAGAUAUUGUCAGUUAAUUUAAGAACUUUUUAAGUGAUCUCAACAAAAUUUGAUGGUUAAUUUGAAUUAACUUGGUUUUAUUCUGAUAAUCCUUCUUUUAUAUUUUGUCCUGAAAUUCAUAGGACUAGAAGGUAGACUAUUUCUUAUGAGUUGCUAUAUUUUUUAACAAAAUGGGUGUUUUAUAAUUAGAAUUGUUCUGCCUCUACGUUUGAAAGCAGAACAUUUAAACUUUUAUUUUCUCUUCAUAAUUGAUCCACUCCUCCUUCAAUUAAAAUUUGGCUUAAAUUUUAUUUACAGUCAGUGAUACCUUUUGUAACUAAAUUGUCAAAUGAAUUAACCAAACCAAAUCAAACAGGACAAUGAACACUGUCUUCUCUCUGUCUCCUCCCAACCUCACCCAGUUAUUCCUCAUGAUGCAGUAUUUGAUGUUAUGCUAUUAAGUCAGUAGAGUGCUUUCUGUAUUCUGUACAGUUAAUUCAAUCACAUUUCUGAAAACUCAUUUCUCCAAUUUGUUCUGGUCACAGACAGCCCAUCUGCAAUUUUCUUAUAAAGAACAAAAACGUAUCUCAUAUCAUUGUUCUUUCUCCCCGUAGAAGAUUUCAUUUAUCAGUUGUUGCAAUCUUGACCUAUCAUGGUCAGCUUGUUCCAGCAAAUUAUCUACAUAUAAAAGUUAAAAGUUUGUUACUGUGGUAACUUCCUUAGCAACAUGAGGAAUUCUGCAGAUGCUGGAAAUUCAAGCAACACACAUCAAAGUUGCUGGUGAAUGCAGCAGGCCAGGCAGCAUCUCUAGGAAGAGGUACAGUCGACGUUUCGGGCCGAGACCCUUCGCCAAAACUAACUGAAGGAAGAGCUAGUAAGAGAUUUUUCCUCUUCCUAGAGAUGCUACCUGGCCUGCUGCGUUCACCAGCAACUUUGAUGUGUUUUUCUUAGCAACAUUGUAGAGUUUCCGAUUAACCACAUUUUCCUCUAUUUCUAGUAAAAAUUUAAGUAUGUUUGGAAUUUAUUUCUUUGUAAAUAUCAUGUCUUUGUAUAUAUGUAACCUUUUAAAAUUUCAGCAGCUGUCAAUCAUGUUGCUGAGGACUUAAUCACGCUCUUUAAUUCAUACCUGACUUAAUUGGAAAGGGGUAAACAAACUAUUCUGAUUGAAAAGGCCUUCAAUAAGCUGUUACAGACCUUUGUGCAGACUGAAAACAGGCAACACACACACAAAAUGCUGGAAGAAUUAGGUAGCAUCUAGAAAAGAGUACAGUCGAAGCAGGAACCCUUUGGCAGGGAAAUUCCCUUCUUGGGACUAUGUGACGUAAUGCUUUCAAUUUCUGGUCAUAGUUAGAAGAAACAAUUUUCUUAAGUUUUCUUUUGAACUCCCCAACAACUUAUUACAACAACAGUGCAACAUCAAGUGCUGCAUUGUUGCAGCUUAUCCCUUUAUACCCCUAGUAGCACCUGCAGGACCAUCCCCACACCCACCCCCACCCAGUAUAGUUUAGCUUUGUUUUGAAUUUGGAUACAUUCAAUUAUAAAUAGUUCUGAAUAAAUGGUUGCUGAUUAUGUAGAUUUAUUAAUUAACUCAUUCUAAUAUAUUAAAUCAUAGUUUUAAAAAUCUUCCACUCUCUAAACCCACAAAAUUGUAAUUACGUUUUAAUUGCCCUGUGAAAUGUCAGUAAAUAGUGGUUAUUUUGAUUAUGAUUGUAUUCCUACAUUUUGAGUAUGAUAGUAACCUUACUACUUUUAGAAACUUUCUCCUUUAUUUACGCUUUUCACUUCAGAGGCCUUCCCAGGUAAUUUAUUCCAAUCCUACUUUUUUUCUGUUACUCUCUAUUCUUUUAAUUUAUACCUGAGUCUGUGUAAUAAAUAAUUUUGUUGAAUUAAUCAUGUUGAUUCUUUUAUAAUUUUGAACAUUUCAGUAGGGUUAUUGUAAAGGAGUAACUUCACAGCUUUAAGUCUAUUGUUUUGUCUAUUUGAAAACUGUGUACUGUAAUUAAAUUGAGAGCCGCAGACAUGAGAUAAUGUAUAGUUAAUUGAUCUCACCAGAGAGAUACUGAAAUGUUCAUCUUCUCUUGAGUUCUACUAAAGAGAUAGAAAAGUUGCCUAAAACUGCUGUUUUGCAUCUCCUAUCAGCAUCUUCUGCCACCUGGAAAAUGGGAAGUUAUAUUUGAAAGAGAAGGAAAAGGAAAAUAAAAGCAAAGUGAUUUUUUUUAUUUUGAAAAGAAAGCAAUGAAAGGGGUAACAGCAAGUUACAGUUUUUUAAUGAGAAAGAAUAUUUGUCUAAAUUCCAUUUGUCCAUCAUCCCUUCCUCAUUUUCCUAGUUGAUCAAUUAUCUGUUUUAACCUUAGAUAACCUUCUUCAUGACAGUGAAGAAGGUUAUCUAAGGUUAUAAUAGGACAUAUUGGUAUAAGCUUACUAAUCGCGAGAGCUAUAUUUUCAUCCAGUUCAUUAAUAUAUGUGACAAACAACAGAAGAUGUGACACUGAUCCCCGCAGCACCCUACUGGUGACAGGCUUUUGAUAUGAGAAACAACCCUCCAUUACCGCCCAGCCAAUCAUGUAUCCAGUUUGUUAACUCACCCAUGAUCCCAUGUGUUCUAACCUCCUGGACUAGCCUAACAUGUGGGAACUUGUCACAGGCUUUGCUAAAAACCAUACAGACAAUGCCUAUUGGUCUGUCCUCUACAACACCCCUUCAGAAAUCCAUGAAAUGCAAUUCCCAUGUACAAAGCCAUGCUGGCUAUCCCAAAUUAGUUCUUGCCUUUCCAAGUGCAAAUAACUCCUGUCCCUCAUAAUCCCAUCAGUAACUUUCCUACCUGAUGUAAAGCUUACCGGCCUAUAAUUACUUGGCUUAUGGUUGAUGCCCCUUUUAAAUAAAGGUACAACAUUUUUUAUCCUCCUGUCUUGCAGUACCUGUGGCCAACAAAGAUACAAACAUCCUAAUAAUCUCUCUUGCUCCUCAUAACAUCCUAGGAUACACCUGGUCAGGCCCUGGAAUUUAUCAGUGCUGUGUAUUUCAAGGCCUAAUAUUGCAUCCUUUGAUUUUAUUGUAUUCCUCGUGGAGGUGAACUGCCUCGUUUAUUGUUCCAAGUUAAGUUGGCUGCUACCCAGAUCUUGGCUAUGUAAAGCGGAUGAAAAUCAGAACUUGGAUUUCACAUUAGAAACAGAAUAGCUGUGCAGAAAAUUCAUGUCAUGGCUUACCAAGAAAAUGUACAUAAACCUUUUCUUUGGAUUUCAAUUGUAUUUUGUAUCACAAAAAUUUGAUUUUAAUUAAUACAUGAGAAGAUUAAUUAUGUGAUUUACUCUGAGUAGGUUGUUCUUGUUAAACUACUUAAUUUGUUUAGUCAAAGCAAAAUAUAAUUAAAAUCCAUGGAGAAAAAAUCAGAUUUGCAGAGGUCUAAAUUACUUUCAUGUUAUUAGUAAUCUGCUUACUACUGUAAUAAAAUUUCCUGUUUUGGUUAAGAUGCAAUCAAGCAAUUAAAUCUGCUAUUUAAAAAUAGUUUUUUCCUUGAUCAUAUAUGCUUGAGUACUAGAGAGGAUACAAAGUGUCCAAAACAACUAAUCUUUAAGUAGAAUAUAUGUAUAUAUUGAUUUGAUUGUGUAGCUGUUUAUUGAAUCUAAAUGUAUACA